UAGUGGUUUUAGCCACAGAGUGAGGAGGAAGAGCAGCUCGGGUGCCUCUUCACUCGUCUCAUCAAUGCAGCUUUCAUUCUCUCUCGGCGGGUCAAAAUGGAAGCUGUACAAAAGGACCGCUGGUACUUGCUGGUACUCCUCUUUCUGACUUUUAUCAAAGCUGCUCUGCUGCAGAGAGAGGUCGAGGCGGUCCGGCUGGAGGAGGGGAUGGUGCUCAGCUGCUUGUGUCCAUGGAAGGGGAACCUCAGCAUGGUGUCUUGGACAAAAAAGCACGAGAACAAUCCGGUGGCUGUAUUCCAUCCGGAGUUUGGCAAGUCCUUCUCCCACCGCUACAGAGACAGAGUGGAGUUCCUGAGGACCGCGCCUCUGGACGGAAGUAUUUCCAUAAAGAACGUCACUCAUCAGGACAUUGGGAACUACCAGUGUUCGGUCCAGACGUUCCCUCAGGGACCCUGGACCACAGACAUUCAGGUGGAGGAUUUAGAUGAGCCUCCAAGUUUCAACAUCACAGAUCUCGCUCUCCCAGAGGAGGCUGUGACAGUCGCACAACUGGUAGAAGAGGAGAACAACAACCUGACCAUCAGGUGUAUUCACCCACACAAUGUAACCAUCAUCAACCAGGUGAUUCUGGAGAGGAAGCUGCAUGAGCAACUCUGGACCAUUAUUGGUGUCUGCAAGCAAGUGGACGGAGGCCUGCUGAGCGAGGACUACUCCGACAGAGGCAGAGUGGACUGCGCCGACAGCCUGGAAGUCAGCCUGCACCUCACUGGUAUUGCACAGGAAGACGGUGGUUUCUAUCGCUGUACCUUCAAUACAGAUGUGGGUGUGCGGACCUACACCAUACAGCUCAGUGUUUCCCCUCAAGGUGGAUUCAGCUUGAAAUUAUACAUGAUGUACGUUUACAUCGGGGCUGGAGCUUCUGCAGUUCUUCUCCUCAUCAUCAUUCUCAUACUGGCGAUGAAGCGCAGAAAGCAAAGCAAACGGGUGGAGUAUAGAGUCAAACUGCACCCGUCUCAGAGACAGCCCAACAUCUAUGAGAACGUCUGUGUGCACCACCGGACCAAAAAGAAGCCCAGGCAGUUGAGAAACAAUCCGGUCUAUGCCAACCUGCAGGCCGUGCGCUCGCUCCAAAGCAGGCGUCAGAACAGACCCUUGUAGAGAAGGCGAGAAGGUGCUUGCUGCCUUCCACGGCUGUUCAGCCACAUCGCAUCCGAGCGGGAGCAAACGCAGGCAAGCAGAGGUUAGGACUUCUCCAAUCAGAUCCAGGCAGAGGAUUGGAAGGAGCUAACAAGCUCUGCAAGCCCACAGGGUUGUUUGGGACCGGCCUCGCUCUGCCUAAUUCAACGUGGUAUGUGAUUAACUGUUGAGGAAACGUUUGUUGUUUUUGGCACAACAGUGCUCAACAGUGAGCGCCGCGCAGAGGAGGAAACAAAAGCCCGUGUUAUCAUUCCUUUCACUCCUCUAACUCUCCAGUAAAACCAUUGACAAAAGCCUGUGUAAUUGUCCUCUUCUCCCUCGCAUCCUUCCUGGUUUCCAUUCAAACCUUGACAAUAGUGUCUAAUCAUCUAACUGAAAAAGAAAAAAGGAGAAGCAGUCGCUCAGGAAUGGAUUACAUUCAAACUCCUGCCCCCCCAGUGGGGUUUCUUGUCUAGGAUGACUGCUUUCUGUGUGAAAUCUAAACUCUAAUUAGCAAAAAUCCUGGGCUGCAGCUUCUUGUGCUCUGUGGAUUGAAGUGAAAAGUCUGUUUGUGAUGAUUUGUUUUCCGGUCUUUUUUUUUGCAAAGAAGUAUUUAAGGUUUGUGUAAUCUCAUUCAUUUAUCUCCGUAGAAGUGGAGGCAGUGGCACAGACAGUAAUGGAAAUGCGCUGUAAUCUGAGGACACAGGUAGAAAUGUGGAGCAUGAUGGGACAUUAAUGUGGAACCACACGUUUUGAACGUUUAUUUUCUUCUUCCUGUUCACGAGGAAACUGCAGAAGCCUCACGUCUGACUGAAAUGAUGAUUGUGAUUCUGUACUUGUGAUCACAAAAAGUGGAACUGAUGUGUCUGGCUGUUGACGACUCCUUGUGGCAAAAAGGAAAACAGUUUUGACCAACAACUGGGUGAAUUUUCUACUGGGGAAAACAUAUUUAAAAGAAGCUAAAAUUCCUCAAAUAUUGGUCUGAAAAAUGUCUUACUGUUAAUUAAAAAAAAAUGUUUGUGCUUUUUUAUCUAUUUUAUUUCAAAUGAAAAUGAAAUUAAAACCUAUUUCAAACUAUA